AUGUCGGGCGCCCCUGACGUGUCGAGCCUGUCGCUCAUUGAACCCAUGAAGCGCAAGGGCUUUGGAACGUGAGUCACCCGCCACCAGCGUGGUGACCGUCACAUUGGGUGGAUACUGAUCCUCGAUCUCUGUGCAUGCUCUUGCACUUGCACCUCCGCUGCUACUCGUCCUCUGUGCCCUUUGCGCCCCGCCCUCCCUCCCCUUUGUUGCCAUCCCCUGUCGCAGCGUGGGUCGCAAGUUCCCUGUGCUCGUCAACACCUUCAAGGUCAAGCCUCCGAGCGCGGUUUGCUAUCACUACGACGUGAGUUCUUUCCCACCUCGCCACCCUCUCUGCCUGCGCUGAUUCACCUCACCUCUGUUUUCCCGGACCUCUCCCCCCGUCCCCCCCUCCCCUUACCCACUCAACUGCCCCCCUCCCCCGACGUUUCUCGUCGUUUCCUGGUGCCACCUCCUCCUCUCACGCCAGUUCAAGAUUGGUCCUGAAGAUGGAAAACGCCCUGCGCGAUUGAACCGCUCCAUCUGGAAGUACUGGAUCCAGUCCCAGGACCCCUUCAAGGGCAUCGCCUGCGUGUACGAUGGCAAGGCCCAGGUCUUUGCGCGUGAGUGCUCGGUUGUGUGCCCCCCCCCCUUCCUAUCGUGGGUCACGCGCUUCUCUAGGUUGACUAACUCCUCCCCGACGCGGUCCUACGACUUGUUCCGGUCCCUGUCCAAUAGCCAAGAAACUGCCUGCGGACGAGGGGCAAUGGAACAUCAACCUGCCCGAGUCCGACGGCAGCGAAUCCAAGGGCAACCAUUUCACGAUCAAGGUCCGUCCAGUCCGCCAGGACGUGGCCCCUCCACGACGUCUCUGAACGUCCCCACCCUCCCUCCCUCCCUCCCUACAGAUGAAGCUCGUUCGCCCCGUCCACCUCGACGCUCUCAGUGCGUUCGUCACGGGCAAGCAAAAGCAGGUCGACGAGGGCGUCAUCGAGUCGUGCAUUCAGGCCCGUGAGUACUCGACGCCAGCUCGUUGGCUUGGUGCGCGAACCAUUGCGCUCACGCAUCGUCGGCAAAUGUCGCUUCCCCCCGCACAGUCAACAUCGUCAUUCAGCACGGACCGAUGCUCAUGCACCAGAGCCGGGGCGCGUCGUUCUUCUUGCCGUUCGACAACGUCCAGACGGGCAAAAUCUCCCGUGGUCUGACGAUGUGGCGCGGCUACUACUCGUCGUUGCGCUGUGGACCGGCGAGCAACUUUGUGAGCUCCCCUCGUGGGGUCAUGCUUCCCCAGAUCGGACCUGUGACCUAAACGCAAUUCGGGUCGCGCACAGAUCCUGCUCGAUUUGGCCUCGCAACCCUUCUACUCCGAAGGCGACUUGCCCCAACUCCUCAUCGAAUUGUGAGCACCUUGCCCACUUCCACCCCCGCGGGGCCCCAACCGUGCUGACCCGCUGCUGGCCACCCCCCGCCACCCCGUGCAGCGGACGCGCCAAGGACCGCAGCUUUGGCCCCGACAAGCUGGCCAGCAACCGCUUGCCCGGCGCGUUCGCCAUCGAGGCGGGCCGCUUCAUCCGUGGGCUGCGCAUUUCGCUCCGCGUCGGCGGGGGCAAGCCGAUGCACCGCAAGAUCCGCGAGCUGUCGCGCCAGAGCGCACAGGACAGCAAGUUCCAGACCGACGACGGCAAGACGACGAGUGUCGCCGAAUACUUCAAGGCCCACUACGGCAUCCGCCUGCAGCACCCCGAGUGGCCGUGCGUCAAGGUCUCGAACGUCGCGCUGUAUCCGAUCGAGCUCGUGUCCGUGCUCGCCGGCCAAAAGUACAGCCGCAAGCUCGACCCGAACCAGACGGCCGAGUCGCUCAAGCUGACCACGAUCGGUCCUCGCGAGCGCGUGCCGUUGCUGCGCCAGGGGAUUCAGCGCAUCAUGCCCUCGAGCGGGACGUCGCCGCUCCAGCAGUGGGGGAUGGAGUUUUCGGCCGAGCCGAUGCAGGUCCAGGCGCGCCUCUUGCCGAACCCGACGGUGAUGAUGAAAAAGGCCGUCAAUCCCCGGGACGGCGUGUGGGACUUGCGUGGCCAACAGUUCAACCGCCCCUGCGCCCCGAUCGAGCGCUGGGCCGUGUUUGUGUUUGACCAGGAGCGCUUCUUUGGUCGUGGCGAGGUGCAAAAGAGCGUGGCGGACUUCGCGCAGGGCCUGCAGAACGUCGGCAUCCAGGUGCGCAACCCGCGCCCGGCGAUCAACUACGCGCCGCCCAUGUCGCCGGCCAAUAUCGGCACCUACUUCCGCGAGACGGUCAAGGGUCUCGGCCUCGGUGGUCCACCUCAGUUGUUGCUGAUCUACCUCGCGCGCAAGCCGUGCGAUGAGUACGGCGCGAUCAAGCGCUUUGGUGACCUCGACGUCGGCGUCGCGACCCAGUGCCUCAGCGUCCCCAAGGCCAAGCGCGGGAACCCGCAAUACUACGCCAACGUCGCGCUCAAAGUCAACUGCAAGCUCAGCGGCGUCAACGCGACCGUGAACCUCGGCCCGGCGUGCCCGCCCAACAUCCCGACGAUGAUCAUCGGUGCCGACGUCACGCACCCAGGUCCGGGCUCGUUCGCACCUUCGAUCGCGGCCGUCGUCGCGACGAUGAACAAGGACUUUACGCUCUACGGCUCGCGCAUCCACGUGCAAAAUUCUCGCGUCGAGCUCAUCACGGGUGAGUCACCGGUUCGGGUCGCGUGCUCGAUCCAGCGGACCGCGAUGCUGACCAGGUGACGUACCGUUUCUACCGACCAGACCUCGAGGGCAUGAUGAUGGACUUGCUCCGCCAGUUCCACGCGACCAACAAGGUCCCCCCGGCCCGCCUCGUCUUUUACCGCGACGGUGUCAGUGAGGGCCAGUUCGCCCAAGUCUUGUCUUCCGAGGUCGCGCAGAUCCGUUCGGCGUGCCGCAAGAUCGACCCCAAGUACAAGCCGACGCUUUCGUUCGCCGUCUGCGGCAAGCGUCACCAUCUCAGCAUCUUCCCCAAGAACGACGCCGAUGGCGACAGAACGAGCAACGUCAAGGCCGGUACUUGCAUCGAUACGGGCAAGUGCCUGAGACUAUAGAUCACCUUCAUCUCUUGCACCAACUGACCUCUCCUGCCUCUUCCCCACUCGCUGCAGACGUCACCUCGCCGUUCGAGCACGACUUUUACAUUCAAUCGCACGCGAGUUUGCUCGGUACGAGUCGUUCGGCGCACUACAACGUGCUCCUCGACGAGGCCAACAUCUCGCCCGACGCGUGGCAGCAGAUGACGUUCAACUUGACCUUCACGUACGCGCGUGCGUCUCGGUCCGUCUCGGUCACGACGCCGGCCUACUACGCCGAUCGCCUGUGCACGCGUGCGGCGCUCUACCUCGCGUCCGAGAACGAUGAUGCGACGUCGCAAAUGUCUUCCCACUCGGGUGCGUCGGCCGACCGUCAGCGCGACAAGCUCUUGACCGACUACCGCAGCCGUCUCGGCAAGGUCCACGUCAACCACAAGCAGGCGCUCUUCUUCAUGUGA